AUGGAUCCUCGCUCAAAAGCCCAGGAUGUGAUGCGAUGUGACCUGUGUGAGACCGCUGUGGUACAGAUGCACUGUGAUACGUGCCUUGUCAAUCUGUGUAAGGCCUGUGACAUUGCCUCUGAUGUACAAAACAGGAUGAGUCAGUUAGAAAAGGAAUAUGGAGAUCUCUCAACAGCCAUAACAAAACAUGGAGAGGACUGGCACAGAGAAAUUGACAAACUUGUCAAGAAACUUAAAGCUGAAGCUGAUGAGAUGAAAAGGAAACAAUUAAAAAUUCUACAGAAACAUUUAGAUGAGAUACACAAAAAAAUUGCAGACAUCAAAUGUAAAAUCAAUUCAAUUGAAUCUCUGCUGGAUUCUCAAGUUAAAAAACUGCUUGAUGAACCAGAGAUCGUCACCACGAUAGAAACUGGAUAUAGGCAGCAUUAUACUGUGGCCUGUCUGAGUAAUGAAAAAAUCUGGACAGGUGGAGACAGCACCAUAAACCUCUACAGCAUCAAUCAAGGAUCAUUGCUCAAGUCAAUCACAACCAGGUCAGAGUACACACCAGAGGACAUAGCAGUGGCAAAAAGUGGAGAUUUAAUUUAUGUUGAUAAUAGUGAUAGAACAUUGAACAUUUUUAAGAGUGAAAAGAUUGAGGUGAUCAGACUACAGAGUUGGAUACCUUGCGGUGUAUGUGGCACUUCCUCUUUUGACCUCCUGGUUAUCAUGUACAGUGCUGAUUACCAACAAUCAAAAGUUGUCCGUUACUUUGGCUCAACAGAGAAACAAACCAUUCAGUUUGAUGAUAAAGGUAAAGCUCUCUUAUCUCCUUGGCCUUAUUACGCACGUAUAACUGAGAACAGGAAUCUGGAUAUCUGUGUGGCUGAUAAAGAAGCUAUGGCUAUAGUAGUGGUUAAUCAGGCCGGAAAACUGAAAUUCAGAUACACUGGACACACUCCUGCUCCUAAGAACCAACCAUUUAGUCCACGAGGAAUCACCACAGACAGUCAGAGUUACAUACUUACAGCUGAUUAUAGUAAUGACUGUGUCCACAUCAUAGACAAGGAUGGACAGUUUCUCCGUUACAUAGACUGUGGACUGAGUGAUCCCUGGGGACUGUGUAUUGAUACAAAUGACAAUUUGUUUGUUGCUCAAUGGAGGAGCAGCAGAGCUAGAGCAGUAGUGGUGCUCAAUCAAGCCGGUAAACUGCCGGUAGACGCGUCGGCCAGUAUAAAAUGGCGUCACUCUUUUGAGUAUAUUAGGGACACAGACUCAAAGCGUUCAAUCCAAUGGCAUCUAUUUCCAAAUGUUCUGCUAAAAACAGUAAAACAUGUGAUGUUUUGA